AUGGAAAAUACGACCCAAGUUCCUACUGGAGGUGGCUUUCGUCGAGAGCCAUCUACAGAUCCAGUUAAAGCACAAGGAAUUCUUUACAGUGCAUCAGUUAGUAAGAAAGAAAAACACGCUGCCCGUCUUUGGCAGCAAAGGUGGGGCUUUCUUACUCGAAUAAGAGAAAUGCAAGAAGAAGAAGCAUUGAAAAUAGGUAUGUCUCUAGAUGAAUAUCGCACAGCAGUUCGUUCAGUUAGCUGUAAACCUGAAAAGGAGCUUUCUGUCCACAUCGAACCCUCUCCUACACCACUACCAGCCACUAGUUCUGGAAUAAUUGGUCGUCGUGCUCUAUUUUCAUUGGAGCGGUUUGGACCGUUAGUGAAAGCGACACGUGACUACCCCCUCCGACCGUCGUUGCCUCCUGGACAAAUAUACAACCCCUACAAACAAACCAUUGUGUUCUUAGGGAGCGUUGAUGGCGACCCAAUAUCGUACAAAUUGCCGCCAGCGCGGUGUGACGUCACAGACAAAAUUUGGGGACAACCACAACAAUUAGAUGUAGCAUUAUUUGAUUUUGACGCCCUAAGUUAAUUACAAAUUACAAAAAGAAUAGGGUGGUAAAAACAACUACGUAAGCGGUAUGCUAUAUAUUAUAUAAUUUUUUCAUAUUUAUGUAUUAAAAUAAAACACUUGUAAUAAAUGUUGUGUGCGA